AUGAUCAUGGAUGUCAAAGGGCCAUCUCCGGCUGAGUUCCUGGAUGGUGCUUUGAGGAUAGGAGUCGCCAGUUUGUUCUUCCUGUCAGUCAAAGCAGCUCUCAUUGUGGGUCCUGGACGGAGAAUGCUUGAAUCGAUAAUCUCUACCAACAAGAGGCUGGUGACAAAGCAAGUGUCCCAUCUGGUCAGCCAGACAGCGAGCAGGGUGGUUGGUUUCCUCCACAAUGCCAUUCAGGUCCCCUUCGCUCUGUAUCUACUGAGCGAUGAAACGAUGCAGAGCGACCAUAUUUAUGCGUUCACACCCAUGAGCCAGUUGUGCAUGUGCAUCACAGCUGGGUAUUUCCUGGUGGAUCUGCUCAUCUGCAUCUGGAAGUACCACGAAGAGGGUCCCCUGUACCUCAUGCACGCAAGCUUUGCCUUCGUACUGUUUGCGCAUGGUGUCAUCAGUAACUUGAACCACUACUAUGGUGCCGCUUUCCUUAUGUGGGAGGUUAGCACGCCAUUCGUGCACCUGCGUUGGAUUAUGCACAAGAUGGACAUGGGCACCACAAAGAUCUACUUCUACAAUGGACUUCUCAUGCUGCUCACCUUUUUUGGUUGCCGCUGUGUCUGGGGCAUGUGGGUUUCAUACGACUUCUGGGCAAGGACUGCGCGCGAACUUGUGUCCCCAACCCCUGGUGGCUUCCCACCAGUUUGGGCGUACAUCUUCAGGCUGGCGAACGUGGCACUGACAGUCCUCAACUUCUACUGGUUUUCCAAGAUGGUGGCAAAGGCUGCUGCUUUCCUUGUGGCGGGCGCCGCAGCCGACCAGAAUAUGCAAGAAAAGGGUGAGUAG